AUGAAGCUCACCAGCACUCUUACGACCCUUUUCCUCGGCGCUGCUCUCGUGGCUGCCUCCCCGGUUGAGACAGAAGACAAGGUCGCGAAGCGAGGCGGUUGGAUGAGCGGAGUGUGCAACGGCACAAGCUGCAAGUUUGGGCUUUCCAACUGGUCUUGCGAUGUUGGCAAGGUAUGA